UGUCUCUUUGUGGGGAACAGAACAGACUUCCCAGAGCAUCACUGGAGACAAGACAGAGCUCUAGGGAGGACAGCCCAGGUGCAGACCUCCAAGCAACCCUGGCCUCUACUGUGGAUGCCAAGAAGAGAACAAGGAGAGGAGACGCACACCAACUCAAGCUGGAGUAAAACAAGCAGAGGUCCAAAACAGGAGGUGGACUUUAACAGCUGGACAAGAAGUACAUUUUGAGUUAAAUGCGACAUGAUCAUCUGAUACGAAUCAACAGCGCUGGACCGGAUCACUAAGACAAAGGGCAAUUUUAAACGUAUGGUAUGAAAUUGAGAUACUCUUUAAAGAACAUCUUCAAUGGUCCCGACAGUGCUCUUAAUUCAGCAGCCGGGCGUUUAUCUUAUUUCUCCAGCUCUUUCUGAGAGGGAGCUUUAAAGACUUCAUUGAUAGUGCUCUUGGGGAGCGGUUAAUAAUUCUUAUGUGAAGUCUUGAAACUUUACAGCUGUUGACUGGAGGGAGAGGAAAGUGCUACAUGCAUAAGAAAAUUAUGACGACCUGUUUUCCAUGUGGGGAGAGUGUGUUUCUGGACUGACAUUGCGGUGGAGCAUUGAAGACAGAAGACAUGUUCACCGGGUGUGGAAUGAUCAGUGGCCAGAACCAGUACCUGAUCCGAGACGCUGUCAGGCCCCUUCCCGGACUAGAGGUGAGCCGACCGAUCCAAAUUGAGCAUGGGUUACCUUCAGGGAGCUUACCCGUUUACCAUAACCAGACUUAUAGCAACGUCGUCCAGCCAGCAGUGAUCAACAAUGUUUCCAUCCCGCUGAAACCAGUGCCACUGCCAGUCCCUCCCCCUGCACUCAAACUAGGACAGGAGGGGUUUAAGAAAGUCUGCCGAACUGAGGAGGAUAGCCCCUGCCCGUUCCCAGGGCUGGCCUCUGGGGUGCUGGAGAUGCGCGUGAAGGAGGGAAGUAAGAUCCGCAACUUAAUGGGAUUUGCCAUGGCACGAAUGCAGGGAGAGAAGGGCAUAAGUGGGGGAGGUGUGAGCGGUGGUGGGCUCAGGCAGGUGGUCUUCACUGGGUCAGGCCGCGCCGUCACAAAGACCAUCACUUGUGCUGAAAUCAUGAAACGAAAAGUGGGCUCUCUGCACCAGCUGACCAAACUGCAAUACAAGGUGGUGAAAGAGGUGUGGGAGAGCAGCGAGGGGGGGGCAUCGGAGAUGACCGUGCACAGGACCGUGCCCUCCAUCAGCAUCCUUCUUUCCAAAGACCCGCUGGAUCCCCAGGAGCCGGGGUAUCAGCCUCCAGAGGCUCUCAGUGCAUUGUGGGAGGAGAGAGAGGGCGUUGAAUCUGCCCCGCAGACACCAUGCAAGAGAACUCUUGGACCUUUGCCAUACAGCAGUUUCCCUCACUGUAAGAGAGCGUGUUUGGGGGAAGGAGUCUCAGUCCACGCUCCUCACUGACUGGCUGAACCGGUGUCAAACAGUGGAGAGGAUUGUAUCAGAGGAGUUCAUUUGGCGCUGCCCUCCAUUCAAGCACAAUGCUGAGACAAUCAGAACACUCACUCAGACAGAACAGUGCUUUCUCAGAAGAACUGAGUACCAACUCCAGCCUCCAGAGGUCAGUUUGACUGGGACUCGAAAGCUUGCCUCUGUGCACACAGCAUUUAAGGGAUGUGUUUCUAAGCACGUCCAACAUGGUCUCUCACAUCCACAUAAUAGUGAUGUGUGCUACCGUGUUAUCAAAUCUCUCACAGAUUGACAUCCCAUUUCACACCAACAAAAGAAGAAGCCAUGAAUCGCACAGGUUCCAGAUUCCUGCUUGCAGUAAACUAAACAUUUUUGUUAGCUCCUUGUUGCAAUCAUUCUUAUUCCUACAUGCUUAAGUGUAGCUUUUAAAAAUACACAAGAUAUAUAUAAGUAUAUUAAAUACAAAAGCUUAAAGCCAUUGAUGGUAUGACAAAUGCAAAACAUACCAAUUUUAUUUGUCGGAUAUAUUAACUCUUAUGAAAACAGAAUUCAAUAAAUUGUUUUUUUUUUCCCAAUGGA